AUGCCGCCCCCCCCUAUCAGGGAAUAUGAUGGCAGUAAGGACCUUGAGGACCACCUCCAUAAGUUUAGAAAUGUGGCUCUGCUACAUCAAUACAGUGAUGUCGUUAAGUGUCGAGUGUUCUUGAACACUCUAUCGGGCUCUGCCCAAAAGUGGUUCGAUGGACUGCCGCAUGGGUCCAUCACCUGCUUCUCAGAUUUCAAGAUUACGUUCCUACGCCAUUUCGCAAGCAGCAGAAAGUAUCAAAAAACUGACCACUGCUUGUUCGCUCUCAAGCAAGGAUCUGCCGAGCCGCUGAGAAGUUAUAUCAAGCGUUUUAAUCAAGUGGCCCAGGACGUUCUCUCGGGCACAUCUGAAAUACUUAUGAGCGCCUUUUCCCAUGGGUUGACCGAGGGAGAGUUCUUUAGAGACCUCAUCAGAAAUCCUGUAAGGAAUUUCGAUGAGAUGCUGGAGAAGGCAGCUAGCUACAUCAACGUGCAGGAAGCGCAGGCGACACGAAGGAAGGCAGACAAACCGCCUCCCUCUACUAACAUACCGGAAAGAAGAGCACCUCAACCGCCUGCUCAACCUCUCCCGCGUGGCUGGGAAGCCCGACCUACCUUCCAUCCCGGUCAGGACAUUCGGUCGAGCCCGCGUGUCGCUGCAGUCCAGAUCCCCCGACCUAGGCCUUGGGGACCGCGUUAUUGUACUUACCACUGGUCGCACACACAUGCCACCAACGAUUGUGUGCAAUUCGCUAGAGACUCCUGUCGUGCUGCUGAGUUGGGCCUGCCACCCCCAGAGUUGGCUCCUCAGGUCUAG